AUGGCUAAGAUUAAGAUUCCCAAGAGUGAGAUCGCAGACAAUAAUAAUACUAGUGAUGGAAAAAAGCGAAGCAAAGGUCGGAGAAGAAUUGAAAUCAAGAGAAUUGAAGAGAAGAACAAGCGUCACGUGACCUUCUCCAAGCGCAAAAAGGGUAUCUUCAACAAAGCCGCCGAGCUCAGCGUUUUGAGCGGUGCAGAUAUAGCGACGAUGGUCGUGUCGAGCAACGGCAAGGUGUUCUGCUUCGGCGCACCCAACUACGACACGGUCAUCAACCGCUACCUUGGCCACCACACUGCCUCCUUGGCUGCAGCAGGUCAACCAGAUCAUGGUGCUUUGCUGCAUGGUAAGACAACGCGAAGUAGUAAUAAACAAGUUGAGAACUAUGUGGAAGCUACGAGGCACCUCGAGGCAGAGAAGAUAUCAUUCAAGGGUGAGGAGAAUAAUAAUAAUAUUAAUUUUGUUAUUAAUAAUAAUAAUAAUUAUAAUAGUGAUUAUGAGGGACCAGAAGGAGGUUGUGGUUAUGGGUGGUGGGAGAGGCCGAUCCCGAUUGGGAUGAUGAGUAGUGUGGAGGAGUUAGAAGAGUACAAGGCAGCCUUGUACAAGUUGAAACACAAUGUGGAGGUUCGAACCAAUCUGAUGAUUAUGGGAAGUGCUCCUUCUAAUUACUAUUCAUCGCUUUUGGUUAUGGGUGAUUAA